AUGAGUCGAGCGGGGCUGCUCGUGAUUGCAGCCCUCGUCAUAGCGGCGCUGCUGGGCUCUUGCAGCGGCCUCCAGUCGAUUCCAAAGCCGACCGACCGAAUCAGGAGGACUCUGGAGGCCAGGGACGGGGCCCCGAUAGCACGCGUAGUGGCCUCCCAGGGAUGCCGCUUCCGGUCCAUGACGCGGCUCUACCGGUGGGCGCGCUUCGAGGUUGGCGAAGGUUUCUGGCCUGGCGUGGACCUGCACUACCUGGGCGAUAGCGAGGAGGAGGAGGAGUGGGAGGCGGGAAUGGACGACCGGCACGUCCGGCUUCGGAUUGAGCACAAGGGGCACGGCCGCCUGCUUGUCGACGAGGACUUGCGGGCGAUUUCCGUGCACGAAGCGCGAGAGAUUCUAAAGUCCCACGGCUUCCGCUUCCAGGAUCCCAAGGAUGCGAUACGGAGUCCCGAGGAGUACGACCACCGCUACAAGCUGGACAGCCACCACAUUGAUGACGAGGCCACCUUUUUGUUGCAAGAGGAGCAACAGGGCUGGGAGAGGAGCAUACACGAGAAGGACGCGUGCCACGGCCCGGAGACGAACGCGGUGGAUGAGUCGGAGGGGGGGGUUCAGGAGCAGGGGGGGUUGUUUUCACAUCGGGACGCGGACGAGGGUGGCGAGGACCGCUUCCCCGGACACUGGGAGCUGUAG